AUGCCUGUGGUGCUGCCUGCUCCUAAUCCAUCACAAAAAACAAUGUGUUUGCUCUACAUGGAGGCUUUCGACAUUAUUAUUCCGAACUCUCAUUUCAUAACUGUUGGUAGUGAGGGCAAAAACAAAUAUUCAUCUGACCCGAACCAUUAUAAGUGUAAUGUGAGCAAAAGUCAGGGUGGUGCAAGUUUCGUAAUUGAUGUCGAAGUUGGAGAGAACAUAGAAGACGCCAAAAAACAGUACUAUUUGAAGAGUGGGACUACGAUAACGUUUCAAUUAGAUUUCGUGCGAAGUCGAAAUGGCUAUUGGUAUUUGGAUGGCACCACUUUAAAGAAUAGUUUCAAAAUUUCAGCUAUGAGCGGUGAACAAGACCUAACUAUAAGUACUGGUAUUGCUCUGAAUCGAGUAGAUAUUGGAGCCGCAUUUAAUCGGAAUUUUGCUUGUUAUCAAACGGAUGCAGCAAUUUUCAACGUAUCAGGUGAUAGUAAUCCAACACGUAUUGGGAUUGCACUACGGAAUUUUGAGGUGAGUUUGGGACUUAAAGGUAACAAGACACAGUUUGGGUACUAUACAUCGGAUUGCGUUGGGACGUUUACUGCUGGCACCUGGAUGGGUAUUAUCAUUUCUAUUGUCUUUAUAAGCGUUCUAUUGUUCGGUUAUCUAAUGGUGCAGUCAAUACACACGAUGGAUCGGUUUGAUGAUCUGAAACAAAAACAAAUCGUAAUUAAUUCCAGAGAAUGA